AUUCCGAUUUUUCUUCAAAAAAAAAGCAGAGUCAAUUUCCAUUUUCGAGUUUGCCUGCAUCAUCAUGCUCCAGGUUGCGUGUACCUACGCGCUGAAAAUUUUCUGCUUGGGGACCACCUUCAUCGCAGCCGUGAUCGGAACGAAUGCCCAUGUCAACUGUGCGCAACACAAAUUGUGGGAAAAUUGCAAGGACAUUGAUCCAUCGCUAUGUCUCAAACCUCAGUUCUGGAUGGAAAUCGUCUUCAUCGCGUUCUCCUGGUUGGUCAUUGUUGGCUCCAUUCUCAACAUUUUGUGGGCAUGCUUGUGCACCCCGGAUGGAAAACAGGAUUCCGGGUGCCAAUCCCUCGCCGGAAUUUUGACCUUGAUCAGUGGUGCAUUGAUCAUCGCGGCGGCCGUGCAAAUUGACAACGCUCAUCAUACGGACAAGUUGCCAGAAGCUUUUAAAACUGAAGUGAGAAAAGCGGAUUUGUAUAUUGACAAGAUCGCAGCUGGGGCGCUCUCCUUGUUGGCCAGCGUUCUGUACUUCAGCUCUGCCGGGACCCUUUGCAUGUAGAACGAGACGAUCAAGAUUUAAAAUAUGUAAAUAGGCAUCAUAUAUAUAUACUUAAUUCAUCAUAAUUCGAUAUUUUUAUUCAUAAUUUGCGAAAGUGUGAAAAUAUAUGUACUGAUU